AUGCAGAAAUUCCUUGUUCUUUUGGCUGCUGCCUCCCUUGCUGUGGCGGAUCCGAUCGUGUACCUUAUUCGUCAUGGCGAGAAGCCUAGUAAUGGAUCUGAUGGACUGAGCGCUGCCGGUCACGAGCGUGCGCAGUGCUUGACGAAUGUCUUCAAUUCCAGCUCUAUCUAUAACAUUGGACAUAUUAUGGCUGAGACUCCUAAGAGUGGUAUGCAUUCUAUACUAGUCCGACUUGGGAUUGACACGGGUUCAGAUACUAACUCAGCUAUACUAGACGGAAGCCGUGCACGACCCUACGAUACUGUCGAGCCCCUUGCUGAAGAAUUGGGCCUCACGGUCGAUACCUCCUGCGGCAAGACGGAUUAUAGCUGUGUGAAGGAUGUGGUUGAUGCUUAUACUGGCGAUGGGAAUAUUCUUAUUUGUUGGGAGCAUGAUGCGCUUACUAAUAUUGUGGAGGAGCUUGGGGAUGAUGAUGCGCCAGAUUAUCCGGAUGAUAGCUACAAUAUCAUUUGGACGGAUCCUUCUCCUUACACUAGCAUUACGGCGGAGACCAGUGAGGAUUGUCCCGGGUUGGAUUCUUAG